UGAGAACAUAGACGUCGUCUGCACUUUGAAGUUUGAACGAAGAAAGCAAAGGUGUUAGGUGUAGUAGAUACCAGUUCUAACCAAACCUGCCAUGGAAGAAGCAAAGCCACCAUACCUAUAAUCGUUGACCUUUAUCCUCUAUUGUAUACUUCUUUCUUCAAUUUUACAUCCCAAUCUUUCUUUUUGUAUUGGAUAAACUAUCAAUGCUGUUGGACUAGUUCUUCCAAAAUCCAAAUUCAAAGUACUGCAGAAUUCAAAAAUGGUUCGAGAUUCAUCUCAAGAAAUCCCAUUACGUGGGAGUUCAAGGGAAAAUAUGAUUCAUCCAGUUGAUGUUGAUGGUGGUGCUACAAGAUCAUAUACGCCUAUGCCCCCAAUGUCGAAUCAAGUUCAAGUCAAGCAUUUUAAGAAGUGGUUUCCAUGGCUGAUUCCUUCCAUUGUUGUUGCUAAUAUAAUUAUGUUUAUCAUCACUAUGUAUGUCAAUAAUUGCCCUAAAUAUUCCAUCUCUUGCUUAGCUCCUUCUUUGGGUCGCUUUGCUUUUCAACCUUUCAAAGAAAACCCUCUUCUUGGUCCUUCUGCUCUUACGCUUGAUAAAAUGGGGGCUUUAGCUAUAAAAAAAGUGGUAGAUCAUCACCAGGGAUGGCGUCUGAUAAGUUGUAUUUGGUUACAUGGUGGCGUUUUCCAUCUGCUGGCGAACAUGUUAGGUUUGCUAGUUAUUGGAAUCAGGAUGGAGAGAGAAUUUGGAUUUGUAAAGAUUGGCUUGCUUUAUGUCAUUUCUGGACUUGGUGGAAGUUUGUUGUCUGGCCUUUUUGUGCGAUCAAACAUCUCUGUUGGGGCCUCUGGUGCAGUUUUUGGAUUACUAGGUGCUAUGCUUUCCGAGUUGAUAAUGAAUUGGACUAUAUAUAGUAACAAGGUUGCAUCAUUGGUGAUGCUAGUACUCAUUGUUGCUGUCAACUUGGGUGUCGGUAUUCUACCUCAUGUCGACAACUUUGCUCACAUUGGUGGGUUUACUUCCGGGUUUUUCCUCGGUUUUGUGUUUCUGAUUCGACCCCAAUUUGGAUGGGUAAGCCAGAAAUACAUGCCGCCUGGCUAUUCACCAGGAUCAAGGAGACGUAAAUACAAGAUAUAUCAGUGUACUUUGUGGAUCAUCUCCCUGAUUAUUCUCAUUGUUGGGUUCGCAGUUGCAUUGGUUAUGGUCUUCAGAGGAGUUGAUGGAAAUAAACAUUGUUCUUGGUGCCAUUAUUUGAGUUGUGUUCCUACGUCAAGAUGGAGCUGCAAUACAGAGCCUGGAUCCUGUACGCAAGAGAAUAUUGGAAAUCAGAUGAAGUUGACAUGCUUAACCAACGGGAAGUCGAAAACGUACGACUUGUCUAAUAUCACCAACUCUCAGCUAAACGGGCUCUGUGCGCAGCUCUGCAGCAACUUUGGAUAGCUAUCCAUGGAUUGAUGUAGAUGACAGUCAUGUAAAGCCACACAUCAUUCUUGUUCUUGUAAAUCAACCACAUCUAAUUCACUUAUGCAGAGAGGACUUCUAAGUUGAAUGCAUUUUUUUUUAGUGACAAUAUUUUCUGUCCCUUUCCUAACAUUUUUUUGUUUCCAUUGUUCUUAUUCAUGACACUUUACAUACUACAUAUAUAUAGGUUUUGUUUUUUAUGAAUGCAAGAAACUAAUUUAGCUAAUAUUUACCAGUCAUUUUUUCUUUUA